AUGCUUCUGCGACGACGUCUUAUCGAUUUCGCUGUUGACAAACUGACUGACGCCAAUGCUCGGGGCAAUUCCGCUCUUUUAGUGCUAACCGAUAUCGAUUUUCUCGACCAACUGACGUCAGCCGGAUGGUAUGACGAACCUGUCACGCUGUAUGUAGUGAUCGUGUUCGCAGCAGCUGCUGUUAUUGCUGUUCGCGACGAAUUUGGAGUGAGCGCAUGUCCAUCGCUAUCGAUUGGUCAAUCCCAGAACGAAUCGAUAGACGUAUUUGAUCGUAGUAUGGCCGUAUGA